AUGCUUUCUUUGAUAUAUUCAUUCUAUAUCUCGAUAUAUUUUUCAUUCGUUAUAUUCCUUAUUCGUUCUGUAUAUUCUUUCUUUCCUCCGAGAUAUUAUUUCUUUCUUCGAGAUAUUCUUCCUUCGAGACAUGUUUUCUUUUUAGAUAUUCUUUCUUUCCUUCGAGAUAUUCUUUCGUCCCUUCGAAUAUCCUUUCUUUCUUUUAAGAUAUUCUUUCUUAUGAGAUAUUCUUUCUUUCCUUCGAGAUAUUCUUUCCUUCGAGUUAUUCUUUCUUUCCUUCGAGAUAUUCUUUCCUUCGAGAUAUUCUUUCCUUCGAGAUAUGUUUUCUUUCGAGAUAUUCUUUCUUUCCUUCGAGAUAUUCUUUCUGUCCUUCGAAUAUCCUUUCUUUCAUUCAAGAUAUUCUUCUUUCUUAUGGGAUAUUCUUUCUUUCCUUCGAGAUAUUCUUUCCUCCGAGAUAUUCUUUGUUUCCUUCAAAAUAUUCAUUCCUUAGAGAUAUUCUUUCCUUCGAGAUAUUCUUUCUUUCGAGAUAUUCUUUCUUUCCUUAGAGAUAUUCUUUCUUUCGAGAUAUUCUUUCUUUUGAGAUAUUCUUACCAUCGAGAUAUUGUUCCUUUCCUUCGAGAUAUUCUUUGUUUUCUUCGAAAUAUUCAUUUCUUAGAGAUAUUCUUUCCUUCGAGAUAUUCUUUCUUUCGAGAUAUUCUUUCUUUCCUUCUAGAUAUUCUUUCUUUUCUUCGACAUAUUAAUUUCUUCGAGAUAUUCUUUCCUUCGAGAUAUUCUUUCCUUCAAGAUAUUCUUUCUUUCAGAUAUCCUUUCAUUCAUAUUCUUUCUUCCCUUCGACAUAUUCAUUCCUUAGAGAUAUUCUUUCCUUCAAGUUAUUUUUCCUUCGAGAUAUUGUUCCUUUCCUUCGAGAUAUUCUUUGUUUCCUUCGAAAUAUUCAUUCCAUAUUCUUUCCUUCGGGAUAUUCUUUCCUUCGAUAAAUUCUUUCUUUCCUUAGACAUAUUAAUUUCUUCGAGAUAUUCUUUCCUUCGAGAUAUUCUUUCCUUCAAGAUAUUCUUUCAUUCAGAUAUCCAUUCUUUCGUUCAAGAUAUUCUUUCUUAUGAGAUAUUCUUUUUUUCCUUCGAGAUAUUCUUUCCUUCAAGAUAUUCUUUGUUUCCUUCGAAAUAUUCAUUCCUUAGAGAUAUUCUUUCCUUCAAGUUAUUUUUCCUUCGAGAUAUUGUUCCUUUCCUUCGAGAUGUUCUUUGUUUCCUUCGAAAUAUUCAUUCCUUAAAGAUAUUCUUUCCUUCGAGAUAUUCUUUCUUUCGAGAUAUUCUUUCUUUCCUUCGAGAUAUGUUUUCUUUCGAGAUAUUCUUUCUUUCCUUCGGGAUAUUCUUUCUGCCUUCGAAUAUCCUUUCUUUCAUUCAAGAUAUUCUUUCUUAUGAGAUAUUCUUUCUUUCCUUCGAGAUAUUCUUUCCUCCGAGAUAUUCUUUGUUUCCUUCAAAAUAUUCAUUCCUUAGAGAUAUUCUUUCCUUCAAGUUAUUUUUCCUUCGAGAUAUUGUUCCUUUCCUUCGAGAUAUUCUUUCUUUCCUUAGAGAUAUUCUUUCUUUCGAGAUAUUCUUUCUUUUGAGAUAUUCUUACCAUCGAGAUAUUGUUCCUUUCCUUCGAGAUAUUCUUUGUUUUCUUCGAAAUAUUCAUUCCUUAGAGAUAUUCUUUCCUUCGAGAUAUUCUUUCUUUCGAGAUAUUCUUUCUUUCCUUCUAGAUAUUCUUUCUUUUCUUCGACAUAUUAAUUUCUUCGAGAUAUUCUUUCCUUCAUAUCCUUUCAUUCGUUCAAGAUAUUCUUUUUAUGAUAUUUUUCUUACCUUCGAGAUAUUUUUUCCUUCGAGAUAUUUUUUCUUCCUUCGACAUAUUCAUUCCUUAGAGAUAUUCUUUCCUUCAAGUUAUUUUUCCUUCGAGAUAUUGUUCCUUUCCUUCGAGAUAUUCUUUGUUUCCUUCGAAAUAUUCAUUCCAUAUUCUUUCCUUCGUGAUAUUCUUUCCUUCGAUAAAUUCUUUCUUUCCUUAGACAUAUUAAUUUCUUCGAGAUAUUCUUUCCUUCGAGAUAUUCUUUUCUUCAAGAUAUUCUUUCAUUCAGAUAUCCAUUCUUUCGUUCAAGAUAUUCUUUCUUAUGAGAUAUUCUUUUUUUCUUUCGAGAUAUUCUUUCCUUCAAGAUAUUCUUUGUUUCCUUCGAAAUAUUCAUUCCUUAGAGAUAUACUUUCCUUCAAGUUAUUUUUCCUUCGAGAUAUUGUUCCUUUCCUUCGAGAUAGAUAUUCUUUCCUUCGAGAUAUUCUUUCUUUCGAGAUAUUCUUUCUUUCCUUCGAGAUAUUCUUUCUUUCCUUCGACAUAUUAAUUUCUUAUAGAUAUUCUUUCCUUCGAGAUAUUCUUUCUUUCCUUCGACAUAUUCAUUCCUUAGAGAUAUUCUUUCCUUCGAGAUAUUCUUUCCUUCGUUAUAUUCUUUCUUUCCUUAGACAUAUUAAUUUCUUCAAGAUAUUCUUUCUUAUGAGAUAUUCUUUCUUUCCUUCGAGAUAUUCUUUCCUUCCAGAUAUUCUUUAUAUUCCUUCUUUCCUUCGAGAUAUUCUCUCUUUCUUUCGAGAUAAUCUUUCUUUCCUUCCACAUAUUCAUUCCAGAUAUUCUUUCUUUCUUUCGACAUAUUCAUUCCUUAGAGAUAUUCUUUCCUUCGAGGUAUUCUCUCUUUCCUUCGAGAUAUUCUUUCUUUCCUUCGACAUAUUCAUUCCUUCGAGAUAUUCCUUCCUUCGAGAUAUUCUUUCCUUCGAGAUGUUCUUUCUUUCCUUCGACAUAUUAUUUCUUAGAGAUAUUCUUUCCUUAGAAGAUAUUCUUUCUUUCCUUAAAUAUAUUCUUUCUUUCUUUCGAGGUAUUCUUUCUUUCUUUCGAGAUAUUUUUUUCCUUCGAGAUAUUCUUUUUUUUCCAUCGAGAUACUCUUUCCUUCGAGAUAUUCUUUUCUUUUUGUUGAUAUAUUUUUACUUUCUCUCUUUCUAUCCCGAUUCUUCUAGUUUCUUUUAUUACAAGAAUUUAAUUUCCCCAAUUCUGCAUUUAUUUCUUCUCCCUUUCAUUCCUUUCUUUGCGAACCUCUGGUUUCUCUCUCAUUCAUAUUACAUUCUUUCUUUCUUUCUUUUUCUUUCUUUCUUUCUUUCUUUCUUUCUUUUACCUUUUCUUUCUCUUUCUUUCUUUAUUUCUUUCUUUUUCCCUUUCUUUCAUUCUUUCUAUCUUUCUUACUUUCGUUGUUUCUUUCCUUGUUUACAUACACAGAAAUGUCGUAGAAGUAUGAACAUUUAUACACUGAACUAUCUCUCUCUCUCUCUCUCUCUCUCUCUCUGUCCAUAUACAUCAUAUCCAGUUAUCAGGGGUUAA